AUGACGAGUUCGUCAUCACCUCGUUUUACUGGUUUCAUUCGUGAUGUUCGUGCAUCACAAAAGAAUCUACAACCAAUAUUAUCGCAGCCUUCUACUGCUCAUAGUUCUUCAAAUAUUAAUGAACAGCAACCAUAUACAACACCAACAAGUACUCGUUCAAGAAAUAAUUCUGCAACAUCAAAUUCUAUUGAUCCUUUUCAUUAUCAAGCAUUGCAAGACACGAAUGAAGCGCUAAAAAGUGAAGUGCAUCGUUUGGCAUGCGCUGAUAAAGAUAACACCACAAAACUCAAAUUACAGCUUGAAAAAUAUACUGAGCUUGAUGAAGCAUAUAAGCAACUUCAAGAUAAAAAUACACAUCUAGCUGAUAUUGAAGAUCAUUUUAAUCAAUUACAAAACAUACAUAAAGAUGAAAAAUCAUCAUAUGAAUAUUGUGUACGAGAAAAUGAACAAUUAAAAAACCAAAAUGAACAUUUAUUAAAUGAAUUAGCACGUUUAACACAAGUAGAGAAUCGUGACCGUACACGUUCCAUUGAACAAGCUGAUUUACGUCGUCAAUAUGAUGAAAUUUCAAUUCAAUAUAAUGAAUUAAAACAAAACUAUCGAGAAAAUCAACUUAGCUAUGAAAAUGAUAUCAAACAUUUGAAUGAUGAAACUUUAAAAUUUCGUUUAGAAAAUGAGCAGUUACAUUCGGCAAAUGAUUUAUUACGUGAUGAGAGAAAUCAAAUGAAAGAGUCACAUGAGACAAUAUUAAAAAGACGUUUAGAUGAAAUAAAAUAUUUACAAAGUGAAAAUCGAGAUUUACAAAUGACACGACAAAAAUACAAUGAAGAACGAGAAACAUUUCAAGCAAUUGAUUUAAGAAAAACACAAUUAGAAAAUGAUCUAUUGACGAUGCAUGCUGUAGAAGAUCGUUGUCAAGACUUACAAACUACUGUCGAACGAUUGGAAUCGGAAGUUCAACUUAGUUUAACACAAGAAUGUGAUCGAUAUCGAACAAAUUCACUUACGAAAUCUGAAGAAUACGAUGCAAAACGACGCGAAAAUGAACAACUCAUACAAAAAGUUCACGAAUUAGAAUCAACAUUGAAAUCUCUUUAUGAUACAAGUGAUUUACAAAAGCAACUAAACGUUGAAAAUGAGGUGAAUAGAUUAGAAUUAAAAAGAAAGCAAGAUGAUUUUGAACAAUUUCAAAAAAUGCAUGAUGUAACUAAACAAGAAAAUCAAGAAACAAUUCAUUUACUUGAAGAAAAAAUUCACGAUCUUGAGCGUAAAACUGAAUUACAAUCAUUGAAGCAUGAAGAAAUUCUUCUAGAAUUUGAGUCACUAAAAGCAAGACGUGAUCGAAUUUUACCUUCAUCAACUGGUACAAUACUUUCCAAUAGUCAUUCGAAUGCAUAUCCAUUAACACAUCAUUGGCCAACUCCAACAAUGGUUGAUUCCCAAACAUCACCUACUGAAGAUGUCAUUCCUCCUAUUCUAUCACCAUCCAUUCAACAACGACCUUUAUUGAAAUCAACUGCUAGUCAAUCCACAGCAGUAAAUGAAAAUCAUGAAACGAAACAAAAACCUUUUACAAGCAAUCAAACAGCUCAAAUAGUUGUGGCCAAAUAUUCUUAUGAACCCUUGCAAUGUUCUCCGAAUGAUCAUCCAGAAGUUGAAUUACCAUUAACUGUAGGAGAAUACUAUCUUAUUUAUGGUGAUGUUGAUGAAGACGGCUUUUAUGAUGGAAGAAAUCUAGAAGGUCGUUAUGGUUUAAUACCAUCAAAUUUCAUUGAAGCAAUUACAAAUUCUAAUGAUUUACCAGAGACUGUUCGACAUAUAAUUCAACGAUUAAUAGGAAAAGUAUUUUCCGAAGAGCCAAUGACACCUCGUCGUGAUCAACCAUUAAGUAUUGAUUCUGGUGCGUUUCUUUCAAACAUUUCUGCUACUACUCCAGCAACUUAUCGAAAGCAACUAGCUUCUACACAAAAUGGAAAUCCAUCAGAUAUUUUAACAGCAAAUGGUCUUUCAUUUGGUAAACAUGUUCCUUGUCCGACGAAUCUUCGCGUUGAAAAAUAUCUCACCACCAGUAUAUUAAUCGCAUGGAAUCCUCCAUCAAUAGCAAUGACACAAAUACUUGGCUAUCAAAUUUUACUUGAUCAUUCAUUAUAUACAACAAUAUGUGCCAAUGAACGUACACGUGCGUUAAUUGAAAAUAUAAAUAUAAAUGAAAAAUGUCAUCGUAUAAGUAUUCGCACAAUAACUCAACAUGGCCUAUCGCGUGAUCAAGAAUGUACAUUAUUAUUAACCAUGUCCGCUACAAAUGGAAAUCUAAAUGAUUUAUCGUAUGCUCCAAGUGACUUACGUGUUGAUCGAAUUAAUCAGACAUCGGCAGUUGUUUCAUGGUGGCCAGCGUCAAAUGAUAUUGUUCAUAAAUUAUUCGUUAAUGAUAUUGAAGUUCAAACACUUAAAGCUGGAGUUUAUCGUUUUAAAUUGUCCGGUUUGUUACCGAAUACUAUACAUAAAGUAACAAUUAAAGCUAAACCAAACAGUAUAGCAAAUACUCAACAACUAUUAGCAGCUUCAAUCGAAUUCUGUACAACAGCGUUUGAUGAAUCUAUCGAACCACCUAAACGAGUACAAGCUAUAGGUGGUCCACAAUCAAAUACUUUACUUGUAUCAUGGGAACAACCAUUAUCAACGACAACAAUUAUUCGCGGCUAUCGAGUUCUUGUCGAUGGACGACAAAUGCACGAUAUCAUAAAUCCAUUAAAUGAUCAUACUGUUAUUAAUAUCAAUGCAUUACGUCAAGGAAGAUUUUUAACUGUUCGAGCAUUAACAGAAAAUGAUGGCGAAUCACAUGAUUCAAUUCCGGUUGACAUUGAUGAGAUAUUGAAAAAAUUGGAUAUGGAUAUUCCAUCAACGUCAGUACCUGUUCUUCCAGAAGAAACUUUUGAUAGAGAAUCUAUGCCGCUUACUGCAUCUUCUUCAUUAACAUUAAGAACAACAUCAGAUGAUGAACUAACAAAUUCUGGACCAUUACCACUUCCAACUCCACCUUCUAUCGUGGAAACUCAACAAAAGUCGCUUUUACGAUCACAAGAAAUAUUAUCUUCGUCAACAGCCUCACCUCCGUCGAUAAAACAAAAUCCUAUAACUAUUGCACAACCGUCAUCAAGUAUAGUACCACCAUCGCCAAUAAAAUCUACAACUAAUCCUGAUAAAAUCCGUCCAAUAACAAAGAAUUCUGCACGACCAGCUGGAAUCACACGAAUUCAAUCUCCAUUAAGAUAUGCAUCGACAAUGUCAUCAGCCAGCAAUGAUGUACCACAGAUUGAAAUUAAUUCUCCGAGUCCAAAUAGUCCUGUAAUAGCAACAACAGCUGCUAAAUCAAAAGCUGAUAAUCAUGAUCAAUUUGAACAAUCAUCACAAGGCUUUGGCUAUGAUGCUUAUAUGAAACAACCCGAUGAUUCUGCGUCACAUAUUAAACCUAGUAAUACUCAAAGGAAACCAUCAAAACCAUCACCAACUAUGUCAUCUCUUCAACAGCGUCCACAUCACGAUCCAAAACGAGACCCAACGAUAAUAACUAUAUCAGAUUCACUGGCACAUGAUAGCCCACCAAUGAAUAAAUCAAAAAUUAAAUCGCUACGGCAUACAUCAACAUCAUCAGAAGAACAGUAUGUUGCACCACCAACACCUAUGAAAACUGUGAAAUUAAAACAACAACAAAAUCCACCACCAAUUGCUUCAGUAUUCACUAGUCAUUUGAAUAAUAAAGCAAAUAAUCCGCCACGUUUAUUUAUUGCUUUGUUUGAUUAUGAUCCAAAUGCUAUGUCACCUAAUAAAGAUAAUGAAGAAGAAUUGCCAUUCAAAGAAGGACAAUUGAUUCGGAUUUAUGGUGAUCAAGAUGCCGAUGGCUUUUUUAUAGGACAAACAGAGAAUGGUCGCACCGGUUAUGUUCCGAGCAAUAUGGUAUCAGAAAUUCAGUUGGAUGAUGCUGAAAUUGAAGCACAUUUACUUGCUGGUACAAUAAAUUUAGAAAAUCACAAUCGCAUGAUAACAACGACACCGGCAGCAUCAGCAAUAUCGCCAUCAGCAAAACGCAUAUCAGCCGUGUCAACUCCAUCCAAUAUAAAACCCACAUUACAGCCAGUGAAAAAAAUGGUUGCUAUGUUUGAUUAUAAUCCAAGUGUGAAUUCUCCCAAUAUUAAUCCCGAUGAAGAAUUAUCAUUUCGUUCGGGCGAUAUUAUUUAUGUACACGGAAACGUUCAAGAGGAUGGUUUUUAUUUUGGUGAAUUAGAGCAUGGAGGAAAAGGACUUGUACCAUCAAAUUUUCUCAAAGAAGUAUCAUUACUCAAUUCAGAUGAAAAUAUUAUUCAGCAAGAUAACGAGCAAAUGAUUACCAAUGAAAAUAAGAAAUCACCAUAUUGUCGUGGCUCUCAUCAAGUAUAA